UCGUUUAAACGAACUAUAAAGGUCUACUGGGCCAACGCCUAGAGUGGCGCCAGAGUUUUGAACGGUGUAGUUUACGUUAGCUGACUGACCCUCUGCGCUUCUCCAGUUGGAUUGUAGAACGCGAUGACCGUCCCUUCUGCGGAGGAGCUGGACUCCUUCAAGUACAGUGACCUGCAGAACUUAGCCAAGCGUCUGGGCCUCCGGGCUAACCUGAGGGCAGACAAGUUGUUAAAAGCCUUAAAAGCCCAUCUUAAACAUGAAGAAAGAAAAGAAAAGAAGAAUCAGGAUGAAAGUCAAACUUCUGGAUCCUCCAAGGAUGAAACUGUGAUACAGAUUAACAGUCAUGAACAAGCCAACAGGGAGCCAAUUGGCAAUAUCACCAAAACGAGGAGGUGCAAGACAGUUCAUGGGCACCCUGACUCUCAGCAGGAUCAUUCUGAGGUAAAAAUGAGUGAUGAUACUGAAUUCCAGAAUCAAGAAAAGCAGAAAAACCAGGAUCUUGGAACUACUGCAAAAGUUCCUUCUCUGCCAGACCAGAGCCAAGGAGAUGAUAAUGUUGUUUCCUCAGGAAAAAGUGAGAUGAAUGAUUUUAAGAAGCUUCAUGAGGCUCGUUUUAAGGAAAUGGAGUCCAUUGAUGAAUAUAUUAAGAGAAAAAAGAAACAUUUUGAAGACCACAACUCCUUUCAUGAACUGAAGAAGCAGCCUGGCAAUAAGGGAGGAGUAGUAACUCCAGUUCCUCCGAAAGGAAGACUCUCUGUGACUUGUACACCAAUCAGCCAGCAGCGCUCAAAAGGCCAAUCACAUGGCCCUGCAAGUCGGAGCACUAGGUUUUCAGCUGCUACUAAAGAUAAUGAGCAUAAGCAUUCAAUGAUCAAGACUCCAGCUAGAAAGUCUCCACAUGUGACCACAUCUGGGAAAACCUCAGAAGGCCAUGCUGUGCUUGGGACACCCAAUUUAAAGACCAACAGAGGGAAUUCUGCUGCAGUUAUUACCCCAUUCAAGUUAACAACUAUGGCAAUGCAGACUCCAGUCUCCAAUAAGAAACCAGUAUUUGAUCUCAAAGCAAGUUUGUCUCGUCCCCUCAACUAUGAGCCACACAAAGGAAAGCUGAAACCAUGGGGGAAAUCUAAAGAAAAUAAUUCUCUGAAUGAACAUGUGGACAGAGUUACGUUCCAUAAGAAAACCUAUAAACAACCUCAUCUCCAGACCAAGGAAGAGCAGCGGAAGAAACAAGAGCAAGAACGAAAGGAGAAGAAAGCAAAGGUUUUGGAAGCUCGAAGGGGCUUCAUUAUACUUAAAGAUGAGUAAUUUGUUAAUGUCCUAUAAAUAUUCCUUUAUUCUGAAAUUGUUUUCUGAAAUUUUGUAAAUAUUUUUAUACUGUCUUUCCCACUUUCGUCAGAGAUCUUUCUCUGUUAACUUUUAUUCAUAAUCUAUAUAGCAUCUAUGUGUUUUUUAUGUUCUGGCAUUCUUUGGAAUAGUGUUUAUCUUAAGUCCCUGUACAGCCCAGUUUUCUCAUGAGACAUCUUAGAGCUUAACCUAGAUCUUUAAUGUCAAGCUUCUUUACUAUUUCUAACAUUAACAGCCUUGCUGUCCUCUAUGCAAUAGCAUUUACCUGAUGAAGCUAGUCAUACCACAAGCUUAAGUAGAAUUUGAACAAUAAAAAGUUAACAAUAAGAAAGCUGGGACCAAAAGGCCACCUCUUAUCUUCUAACCUACAAAAUCUAGCAAUCUUGAAACUGGACUAAUGGUUGCCCAUAUGAAAAUGUUUAUAAUAAAGACUUCAUGUCAUUGCUACCUGUCAUUCACUAUAUCCUUAAAAAUAAAAUUCUAUAUCUCAUUCUAGCCUUUCAU